AUGAAAACUGCACCGGGGGAAACAACACUGAAGUUUCUGGUCGGGGCGUCGCUGUUUUAUGAAGAGAAAUGCCCGGAGCUGUCACGGUUUCUCAUGUGAGAAAAUUUCUUCUUCUUGAAGUCAUUCACCACCUGACUCCUUACUUUCUGUCGUUUAUUGUUGUAGUAAUUGUAGCAAGUGGCCGCUAGGUGGAGCAGCUCGACCGGCGUUAUGGUUGACUCCCUGAUACGAUGACAUCAUGAUAACGGUUUAAGGAAUGAAGCGAAAUUUUCAGCUUUACAAACUUUAAUUUCCAUAUUUUGGGAGGAUAUUUGAAAUAGUCUGCUAGGAAAGAAAAGAUAUUCAUUGUUUUUGGGAUGAUUUCUCUGUAUGGCUCUCUAUGGCUUCUUGGGUGAGAUUAUAAUGUGGUGCCUACAAUUUUAGCAAGGGUGCAAAUGUUAUUUACAACGAUUACAUAUCAACCCCACAACCAGGAUAUAUUUGAGUGUAUCUAACCUUGAAAGUGCUUUUAUUGUCAAGCAUGAAUGUCAUUGUAGUUUCGAUGGAUUGAAAAAAACACCAGCUGCUAUUUUUAUUGCUAGAAAGGCCGAUUGAAGUUGCGUUAUCUGACAGUUGUUCCGAUUUGAGGUGCUGUAAAAGGCAUGCCAGAUGCAGCUCAAACACUGCUGUCAUUCAGUCUUGAGUGUUUUUAAAAUGAAGUUGUUAAAGCACCAACCCACAGACAUGAAAACAAGAGCUUCACAAAGAAAAAAAGUAUUGAAAGUGAGAAAAAUUCUUUCAAACCGCUCAGUAGAUGUGGAAGUCUGUGAGCCCUAUCUACUCUUGUGUCCUUUGCAUUGUUGUUGAAAAGACCCAAACACUGGUUGUGGUCUCUCAUAACAGAUAAUGUCUUUGUCUAAUGGGCCACCUGGAGCCAGGUCUGAUUAUUAUUUCUAUUAGACUGACGCACACUGAGCAUUAAUCCCUGUUUCUAAUUUUUGUUAUCAUUUACAGCUCACUGCUCAAGUUUUUGAGCCUUUGCCAGAAUAGAAAUCUGUUCCCUCUUUAUCUGAUGAUGUGUCCCACUCCGUGGUGAUUGCUUUAUUGUGUCGAAAAUGAAAGCCAAAAGUAAUUUCAGGUGAAAUCCUCUAAAGCCCUCUUUGUGUGUGUGUGUGUGUGUGUGUGUGUGUGUGUGUGUGUGUGUGUGUGUGUGUGUGUGUGUGUGUGUGUGUGUCUCAUCAAGGAUUACAGGUGCACUCUUUUUCUGUGUGCCCUGGUUUUCUUUAUCAUGGUGGGUAUUUUGGGUGUUAGGCCUGCAUGAAAUUAUGGAGUGAAAAGGUGCAAACACAUUUUUGUGUGCUAUGAUGAAGAUACAAUAUGUGUUGAAUAAUUGAGAAUAAAUAGCUAUUUCUGUAUUUUUGAAGCACGUUUUUUUUUUAGUUUAAUGUGAAAUUGACGGUAGAGCUGACAGGCCUGCAAAGCCACAGCUUUCUUACAGACUGGAUCAAGUUGGUUCAAGUGUGGCUCUACUGAGAAAUUCUCAGCACUCAACUUUUCAAUCAGAAAACCUGUUUGUUUUUUUUCUUUAGCUGUAAAUGCAACAUAGACAUGCGCCUGCAUAGGCAUGCAGUACACAAACACACUUGCAUCAAACACAAAGAUGCAAGACGUCUUAACAAACUGGUGAAAAAGGCUGGCUCUGUGGUAGGACUCAAGCUUGACUCAGUGGAGGAUGUGGUGGAGAGAUCUACACUGAGGAAGGUGGAGACUAUUCUCAAGAGCAUCACCCACUUCACAACACCUUGAUGGACCAAAGGGCCAAUGGUGGUGGACGGCUCCUCUCUCUUCGCUGCAGGACAGAAAGAUUCAGAAGAUCUUUUGCACCAACAGCCAUUACACUUUAUAACUCUUGUGUAAAUAGUAGAUAACUGUUAGAGACACAUUUUGUGCGACAACAGACAAUUCAAUUUCCCUUCGGGGAUUAAUAAAGUUAUUCUUAUUCUUACUUAAACCAAAAUGAGUGCUUGGAUUGAGGUCUCUCAAAAUUAGCUACAUCAUGUUGCAGACUUGACUCUGUCUGCAGAAAACUGUAGCCUGCUGUUUCUACGAGCAACUUCCCAUUAAAGGGGGAAAACUGACUAGGAUCCAUUGUGGCAAGUGCACAUACUAGUGACAUGUAACUCAAACAAUCCCACAUCAAAAUACUGAAAUAUCCCUGUUGGAGCCUAAUAUGAAACAAUGACCCAAAAUGUAAUAAAAAAUAAUGUAAUAAAGCCUGGAAUGUGAUCAUUGGUCAAUAAUGUAACAAAAGUGUUGUUGAGCCCAAAAUGUAAUAAAAUUAAUCUAAUAAAACCCAAAAUCUAAUAACUGACCCAAAAUGUAAGUUGCUACAUUUAGGGGAAAAAGUUAUGGCGUUUUGGGCACAGUAUCUUUUUACAUUAUCGACCAUUAAUUACAUUUCGGGUCAUUGCUACAUAUGGGGCUCUAACAGCCCCUUUAAAUUGUGCAUAUUUGGUAUAACCUUGAUGCAUUUGAUUUGCCUGAAUCCAGGACACUUGGUCAAAUACAAAGCAGAGGGGCUCUUGUUUACUCUUUGUUCUUUUUUCAUCCAUUGUACUAGCUGGCCUCUUAGUGAAACUGACACCGAUCAAAGCUAAAGGUUAACAGCUGCUACAUCUGUUCAGCCACGGGUGUGUGUGUGUGUGUGUGUGUGUGUGUGUGUGUGUGUGUGUGUGUGUGUGUGUGUGUGUGUGUGUGUGUGUGUGUGUGUGUGUGUGUGUGUGUGUGUGUGUGUGUGUGAGUGUGGACUCUUGUUGCCAGUGUUGAAGUUGGGUUCCAGCCAUGUUCCUGUAUCCUCGGGCUUGUUUUCACUCCGACCUGAGCCAGGAAAGUUGUGGGCGAAACCAUGAAUGGAAACAAAAACCAAAGUUAUAAGAGGGAAACCCAAAGUCAAGAUGGUUAUAUGGGAGCAUGUGAGCCCAGUGCUGCUUUAAAACAUCGAUCUGUUCUCCAGAUUCCCUUCCUAUGAUGACUUGUGGUUAAAGAAAAGGAGUUGACCACAUUUCACUUUGGCCAGCUUGGAACAUACAAACCAGAAUGUUAUGAGACCUGGUGGGUUUCAUGCCAAAGUGAGUGUCCAAGAGGACUGCUGCAUUUGAUCAUUUGGUCUGCAGCUGGAGUGUAAAUAUAGAAGGAAACUGCUGCUAAAGACAAACAGAAGCCUUGGAUGCUCAGUUGAUUGGUAAACUGAGAAGGAGUCUUCUUUUUUGUUGCCUGUAUCCACUUGAAAAGCCACCCUAUGUGGUUAGUGAUGAUGUUUUUUAUUCCUAAUCAACCACAACUGUCCGUUUUCUUCUGGGGCUUUCCAGUGCCAUCCUCUUCACUUUUUGGUUUUGGCUGUGUGUCACUGAGCGUGUGGUUUGUGGAUGUGUGUCAGUACUCAUACACAGGACUGCACAUAUUCGUUAGGGAUUGUGUUUCUGCCUUCUGCGGCUGUCUGCACCUUCUGUCAAGCUGAUGAUGACUGGAGCGUGAGUGUGUAUGUUUGCCUCCAGGUUACAAUUAGGUUGAAGUAUCAUUGUCAUUUCUGGCUCCGGUAAAACUGCGGCGAUGACUUUCGGUAAAAGCUUUUAUAAAACUGUCGGACUUCUAUUUUCUGUGUGUGUGCAUGUGUUAGUGUUUGUGUUGUGUAGGAUGGUAUCAGGGAACAUGACAGCCUGUUUCAUGUUCAUGUCUCUGUCCUGGUAUGUGCAAUGACGUCACUAUAUUGUGGCUCAUGUGUCCGCCGGAGUGGAGAUGUUUUCCAGUAAGAUCAUCAUCAUAGUUGUGUGUCUGGUAACUGGAGCCUCACUGAGAGGUCUGAUAACCCAAGUACACAGCAAAAUAAAGCUGCAUCAACUUGGACUGAAACCACUAUCCUCGAGUUUGAUGGUCGGCCACUCACUGACUGCUGUCUCCUCACUCACCUGCUUUAUCUCAGUCCUGAAUGGGCCAAAGCUCCAGCUCUUUGCAGCCCUGAGACUGAUACCAGACUGUGUAUGCUCAUUCAAACAUGCACUCACUCCUGUAUACACACAAACAGACACUCCUGCACAAUAAAACCACUGCUGCAGGAAAAAGGUGGAUCAGUGUUUGCAGUCUAGCUUUCUUCAAUGAUACAGGAUGUAAGCUAAUUUAUGAUCCUCUCCAAUGCUGCAGGCAUGUCCAGAGAUUUCAGUUACUGACGACUUUAUGUCAAGGGGCUAAAUGUGUAAAUGAACAUAAUGUUUCUUUUCAGUUGAAAUAAGAAGUCAGUGAUUGUUCAUGCUGUGCGUGGAACAUUCCAACAAGCCAUAUGCAGACAUAACUCAUAUAGUGAUUUGUGUGUUUUUUGGCACAAGCCCUCUGCGCCCUCCACUUUUACUGUGCACUCAAAUUUAUCUAGAAAGAGCCUUGUGUGUAUUGACCUACUGCAGUUCAUAGGUGCCACAUGUGUGAAUACAAACAGGCUCUUAAAGGGAUGUUCCGGCGUGAAUUAAAGUUAUGGUCAAACACACUGUAACACCGAGUUAGACACUCCCUUGAGAGAUGAAUGUUGCUGACUGCUUGCCUCUCUAGUUAUACCAGCUUUAGUAAUGACCGCACGAUAGCAAUACAUGUCUUCACGUGCAAACCUCAACCAAAAAGCCACCUAACUUCAUCAACAGUACAUAUAGGGUCCUGACAAGUUGGUUACCAAGUGCAGCAGAGUGCAGGGAUUAUGUGAAAUGCUGCGACUACUGCGUCUGCAGAGCACAUACAAGAUACACAAGAACUCUGAUUGCAAUAUCCAUGAAGUAAUAAUCAAAAAUGUUCUUCCUUGAGCUGUGAAACUCCGCUGCACUCGUCAAUCGACUUGCCAGGGCUCCCCCACAAACAAGCAGCUGCUGGAGGAAAGUGGGUGAGUUGUGUUUGGUCUCUUUGCUUAAGAAACCAGGCAAAGCUAAAAAGAUGAUUGAUGGCUUGUACUAUGGCUGGGACCCUAUAUGUACUGCUGAUGAAGUUAGUUGCUGAGAAGGAAGCAGGCGGCAACAUUCAUCUCUCGAGGGGGUGACUAACUCUGAGUUACGGUGUGUUUGACCCUAACCUAAAUCUACGCUGGAAUAUCCCUUUAAGCCUCAUCUCUGGGGAAACACCAACAGUGCCUGUAUCUGCUUUAUUACAGGAUUUUCAGUGUUUGUUUUGUGUAAUUCUGUCCCCAUGAAACAUCAUUUUGACUCUGCUUUUGUGAAUCCCCAAAUUUUAACACUAAACUCUGUUACUAUAGUGACAUGUUUGGACUUGAUCCACUGUGAAGUGGGAGAAGAAGAGGAGAAAUAAAUGAAAGGAGAAAAUGAGAUGAGGGUCUGCCAAUGCAAAUGAGAAUCACACAGCUUGGCUGGAGUUCUGAACCGGAGAGUGAAAGGUCACUGUUGGUGUUAAUAAGAAGGAAACUCAAAGUGCCGUUUUUUUGAAUGCUUAUGUGGUACUGAUGGAACGAUGAGAAAGGUCAUCUUUAUGGGUUUUAAUGAUGCAGCACUGAGGGUAAAUGCUUCUGGACUGAGGACAUUUUUGGAUGUUAUUUUGUUGCAUCAGCUGCCGCUGUCUGACUGUGUUUUCUUCAUGUAGUGGAAUUAAAGGACAUCCCCUCCAACUCUUGAAGUACACACUUGUAGAGAUGUGGCAGGGCAGCUUCAGAAGAAUCCUUCAUGCCUGAGCUCGAUUGUUUUAACGAUGUUGAUAAACCAAGGCUUUUCCAUGGUUUUUUGUUCCAUUAUAUCUUUAGCAGUAUGCGCUGCAGCUGCUUUCUACUGUGUCCCUCACUUGUCAUACACGAUUCAAUGAGAAAAGGAGUCCGCUAACAUUUGCUGCACUUUAGAGGGUGUUUGUUGGUUGUAGUGGCCCUCUUUAUCUCACAGACACACUCUCUGACUUGAAUGCAUGCCUCUGUUAAAGAUGCUGAAUUGAAUUGGUCUUGCUGUUGCCUGCUCUUGCAACAGCCUUUGAACAAACUUUGCAGCGGACUGUAAUUUGUUUGAGGUCUGCAAAACUAUAUCAGUUCCAAACAACGUACAAGACUGCACCUAUUUGGGAACACACUCUUCAUUAACCCUGGCAGCCAUGAUAUUGUUGUGUGUGUGUCUCUGUAGGACCAAAAAUGGGGAAGAGUAUGAGGUAUAAAAGUUUAAGGAGACUUAAAUUUAAGGGAAAAUUGAGUUGUUGAGUUUCAAAAAUCGUCCUUGGCCAAUCAUGUGAUCAAAUAAAUCACCACCUAGCCCUACACCUUAAAACAAACCACAACUUUUAACCUCAUUAUGGCACUUGAUAAGCUCAGGGAUUAUCAUCUGGGUGCCCUGAAUGCCUGUACAAAAGUUUAUAUGAGUUUGUUUUACUGGAUAAAUGAAAACCUUGAACUGCCAGUAGCACUAAAGGGAAAAUCAGGGCAUUCCCAAAGUCACUAUGCGUCACGCUAAUGGGGCAGUAAAUGCGUGCAUGGGAUUUCCUGGCAAUCUUUCCAAUGGCUGGAACAAAGUAGUGCACCCAUCAACUGACACAUCAGCCUUGAGGCACUCCCUCGUCGUGUUACUUAAUGAUUUUAAAAGAAGUUUCCAUGUGUUUUUCCUCAAUCAGUUAUCGAUGAGUAGCUUCAGCUCUGAAGCCUGGCCCAUUAGUGCUUUGACCAAAUUGAAUCCUGUCAUUCAGCUUCUGCUAGUGGUUAAAAACCUCCUGUUGUUGUCUAAAUUAGUCACAGCCUUAUACUCAACCACAAUAUAAAUACAACGUCACUGGUCUCCUUCUCUCUCGUCUUACAGCCCCUCUCAGCAGGAGGCGGCAGACGCCUCAACCCGUACAUGUGAGAUGUAGACUAGGAGGCACCUGCCCGGCUCUCUCCCAGUCACACCCAGCUGAUAAAUGGUCCCUGCCAGUGUGUGCUCUAGGAGAUAGAGUAUCCAAGUGUUCACUGUUUGACACUGACCAUAUCAACUUACCAGAGACCAGUCAUUGUGUGUAAAAGUCUAGGGUACAUGAAGAUGUUUGAUACUGUUUCCAUGGUGUUGUUGACUGUGCUUUCAUUUUGUACACUUUGCGUCAGCCAGCACUUCUGUCUGUAAUUACAUCAUAACAUUACAGCCCGAACAUUUUCCCCCUCGCUCUGUUGCAUCUCACAGUUGUCAGCAGUUCACACAAUGGUCCCAUAUCUUCAGUGAUCAUCAGCACCGCCAAGUGUGCACUUAAAAGGAGAUGCAUGUCAAGUAUGUUAAUAAGAUUAGAGCAGUAGGAGAAGUGUUUGUGGUGUUCUGUUUCUAAGAGAUGGCUCAUCAUUGAAGUGGUGGGAAGGGGGAGACCGUGGUGGAGAUGAAUGUCCCCUAUAAUCCAGCUUCUCAACACACGAGUUGAUGGUGGUUGUUUGUGAAAUUAUGGAGAAUUUUUCUCUUUAUUGCAGCAAAAUAAUGAAGAAAGCAUCUUUUCAUGCAAUCAGAAUUAGUAGUAUCAUGUAGUGAUUGACAAAUAUCAUUUUUUUCAGUGGCAGAUAAACAUCAUGCAGAUGUCCUGCUGUUUUUGUUUUUUUCCUGUUUUAGUUUUGUUUGUUUUUUGCAUUUGAUGAAAAAUAGUAACACCUAUGAUUUGAUGCACAUUAUAUUCUAAUAUACAUGGUUUUCUUACACAUUUUAGACAGAAUUUGAUGAUCUCAUGAAAUAGGAUCAGGGUUAUGGAUUAAGGCUAUGGAUUUAAAGGGAUAUUCUGGCAUAAAUUUAAGUUAUGGUGACAAGUCAAACACACUGUAACUCUGAGUUAGAUACAUUUUGCCAACUGCUAGCUUCUCUUGUUAUACCAACUUCAGCAACAACUGCAUGAUAGCAAUACACAGCGGCUGCUGCAGGAGAGUGGCUGGGUUGUGUUUGGUCUCUUUGCUAAAGAAAUCAGACAAAGCUAAAAAGAUGAUUGAUGGCUAUUAUUAUGGCUUAGGUGCUGUUCUGAGCAUUAUUUGUGGCAAUAGAGUGGCGUUUUGGUUGAGGUUUUUUGAGACGUAGACUGCUGUGUAUUGCUAUCGUGUGGUCGUUACUGAAAUUGGUAUGACAAGAGAAGCAAACAGCAGCAUUCAUCUCUCAAGGGGAUAUCUGACGCGGUGUUAAGGUGUAUUUGACCAUAACUUAAAUUUAUGCAGUAAUAUCCUUUUAAUGACUGAUAAGUGUGUCUGAAGCAGGGGUUGGUUGAUAUUGUUUUUUCAAGGCAAACAGCUCUCACUUCAGCAUAAACAGCUCAGAUCAAUCUGAAACAAAGGAAGUUGUGGCUGCUGCUUAGAUUGGUGUUGGACUGCUUUAUUCUCUGCAUGUGCAACAGGAGAACAAACUAUCAUAGGCAGCCACAGGAGGAGCAAGAGGAAAGGAGCAAGAGUGGUCAGGUGUGUUUUUCAGUGUGUGAAGAGGCGAGGGACAGGAUGAGCACGACAAGAGAGAGGCUGUAGCGCUAAGGGGCUUUCAGUAACAACAACAGUAAAAAAACACAGUUAUAAAAGCUUGAAAAGACUGAAUGAUUUGUUAGAUCUGCUCAAGUUGACCUUUUAAGUGCAGAUAAUUGAUCUGUCUGUAGUGUCAAGGGCGCUAGGCGAUGAACAGAAGUAAAAAUAAAUGCCACAGUAAAUGAAUUCAAAACGUACAAACUCUUGAAGAAAAGGUGUUUAAGUCAGCCGUGAAUGAUGAGAAGUCCAUCCUCUUCAACUAUCAAAACAUUUCGGGGAAUGUUUAAAGCCUGUGAGUCAUUAUCAGUCCUCUGCUGAGUCACGAUCCAUCACACACUGACCUCAAACAGCUUCUCCUCAUUUCCAGUAUACCCUGACACAGCCUCUGUAUAAUCUGACAGCUUAAUCCACUCAAUGAUUAUCAAAUUGUGGAGGGAUCAGGGGACAGUGACUCAGCCUUUGAAAUGAGAGAUUGCAAAUCAUGCAGAAAUAUAAUGCAUCGACUCACAUAUGGGCUGAUUGAGAAUGUGAACAGAGAGCACCAACAAACCGCUGCAGCAGCCGCUAGCAGGUCAACCCCAGAUUACAGUCAUCUGCACGCCACCUUCUCUCCAUAACGAGCCUUUGUUUUCUGUUGCUCUGCGGCACACGUGCAGGAAGACAACAGACAUCGUUUUAAGCCCGGGCUAAUUUUAGACGGACUUAUCUGCAGCUUUUCAGAAAUAUGUCAAUGCAAGCGUUCCAAAAGUGGUGGCAGCCCAACGAUCAUUUACGGGGGGGCGGUCAUUGAAAUAAUUUGGAUAGUUGCUCCAUAUUGUUUCCACCACACUUCGGAAGUGGAAUUAAUUUCACAUACUGUUGUUUCUGUUUGAUAUUUAGCUAAUUCCCAUGAGACCAUAUCUGCUUAACAAAUCACUGUUUGGAUUCUGUCAGUAAAUCGAAUCAUAAACAUCUUAAACUAGAUUUGUUCUAACAGUCAUCCCUAAGCUUGUUUAUUACUUUGCUCCAAUUUCCAGAUAAGCUGUUUUGAUGCAAAUUAAGUCGAGCAUAUGGGAAUAUAAAGGAGGAUGCUUGAUAAAUGAAUUAUGAAUGCUUUUCUUUUCAGAGGAAGAGAAACUCUACCUCCUGCUGUUAGUUUGAAAGUAAUUCAACAUUGUUUAUGCUUCAUUUUACUGUAAUCUGCUGAAGGUAUAUGUUCACAAUGUCUGAUCUUGGCUUUUCUCUUCCUCCCUCAGGCAGUGGCCCGUAAAAGCAAACGGUAAGUGAAGAAACUGCAUGGCCCAUUAAAAAGAUGAUUUCAUUCUUAUUCUCUUUGUGUUUAUCUGUUAUGCCCCAAAGUGUAUUAUAGCUAUGGAGAGGCGAAUGCAGCAGGAAUAAGGACCUUGUCAGUGAUUUGUCAAGGUUGAUAAACCUCACUAAAGCCUCAGCCAAACACAGCCGAGCCAGCCAGCUGUCUGAGGCAGACUGCCUGGUGGGAUCAAACAUAGUCAAACACACAGACACACACACACGCGCACAGUAACCGGCAGGUCCACGCCAGCCAAAAACCACAUUAAUAGGUAGCGGUGCCAUUUAGCACGUCUGCUCCAGCUUUCUUCCUCCAAAUUAGCACCGUGACCUCAGAGAGAAGCUCAGUGUCCGGAGAAAAUGUAAUGUCUGACGUGGCCUUGUGAAGUCUCACUCCAAUAAGAAUCAACAGAGAGUAAAAAUGAUCCAUUUCUGUGGGCAUCCUUUACUCAAAUUAUGACUGAUAAGGGUUGAAAACUGACAGCAAAGCUUUCAGGUUAGUGAUGGGAAGAACAGUUCUUUUGACUGUACUGAAUCUUUAGAAUCCGUUCAUUAAAAUGAUUCGGUCGAAAGAUUCGUCACUGAAUCAGUCAGUGCUUCGGAGCCCUGUGCUGUAAGGUGCAGUACACCAGUGAGUGACACAGCGGCGCUGAUCGGGAGUUCGUUCAUUGAACGAGCCCCUACCCUCCCACUGACGACACAGCGUCGUUCACUGGGUGACACAUCGUUCGUUCACUAAGUCGUGAAGGAAGAAUCAGUCCCCUGCCCUGGAAAACUCACCUCUCUGUGUGCCGCCGACAUGUGCAUCGUGACGUGAGAGAAACAACACAGCAGCAAGCAGCAUGCCUGCUAAACGAUCGCGAGUCGUUGUUCUUUUAUAUCGUGGAAAAGUGGAGAGACUCACAGUGAACAAACCGGUGCUUGGAAGUUCGUAAACGACGCUACCUCUGCCUGCCUCAAGUCGUUCGGAAGUCAUUCAUUUUAUUCACAGUCUGACUGAUACAUGUCGUUCAUUCGCUGUGAGCAAAUCACAAGACUCCGCCUGCCCGCCCCGCCCCGCUAGCUGGCUGGGUGGGUGUGUGUAGUUCGCCAAAGAGUCAAAGGCGGCAGUUCCACUCCCGACGAGCACACCACACUCCCGACUGAGGUCAACUAAACUGAGAAAGGAAAGAAUCAGGUCUUGGAGUGAUUCCGUUCAUGUUGUUCACUCAGCAGUUCUGUUCUUUUAAACAAAUCGUUCAUGAACGACACAACACUAUUUCACUUUCAAUUGAAUGUUCCGCAUAUAAACUUACGUGUCAUUUGGCUGAAGAAAAACAGGCAUGAGUGCUUGGUAAAUUUGAUAACUAUUUUAUAAAGCAGCUUUUAAAAUACAAAUUUACAUUGUGCUUUGAUAAACAAGAAGAUAACAAAACGCAGCAGGCAGCGAAAAAGAGUCCAAACAACAAAGCCAAAUACAGCAUGAACAAUAGGAGAGUGCAGUCAAGAUGAAGUUAAAUCACUGGAACAAAAGAUCCAGAAGAAGAAGCUUAAACAACACAGGGAGGGAGCAGAGGCAAAGGGGUAACAACAAUCAUAGGCAACAACAUGAAUCAAUAAAACAGAAAUAAAAGAAACAAAAAACAAAGAACUUAAGGAACUAAAAGCAUAAAAUGUUAAAAACAACAAAAGAAGAUAAAUACACCACAUCUUAGGAAAGUCUUUCAAGGAGAGUUUUAAGAAGUGAAAAGAAGAGAUUUCCCUCAUUCUGUAUGCCUUAUAUCUCCACAGGAGGGUACUUCUAAAGUACUUCCAAACCCUGAUGGCAAAAGCACAAUCUCAUUUACAGUCCUGGUGAUCUGAGGCUGCAGAUGUGUGAACAUAAAGCUGUCAGCGGUCCUGCAGUGUAGCUCGUAAUCAGACUCAGAAAGAAAAAGAUUAGUAAAAAUUGCAUCUAAAACUGACGAGAAGCCAGGACAGGAGUAAUAUGGUCUGAUUCCUUUUGUUAAGUCACACCCCUGAAUAUUUGCUGAUACAUUUUCAAGUAAUCCGUCUCUUUCUCUCUGCCCCAUAGAAAAAGAAACGCAGGAGCUGUCGAGUCCAGCGCAGGACAACUCUGUGUGUCCGUCCUGCUGUCAGUGGCUCCGGCCUGAUAACCAAAGGGUUAGACUGCGGCCUAAGCGGCGUCCGUCAGCUCGGGUGCAGAGCAUCCUGCGCAGGACAGCCAGAGGCAAACGUCUGAGUCUGACGCAGAGAAAGCUGCUGAGCCGUUUCCAACAGUCCUGCUCAGUGCUGGUAAGAAGACAUAACACUUCAACCCUCCAGACCUGGUUGUGUAUUGUUCUGCAGUGCAGCAUAGUGACCUUGCAGAGGAACAUCAGGUACCUGGUGUUAAACUAGAAUGAUGAAGAGAUCUUUAUAGCAUUUACGGUGAACACUCCUCUGAAAACUUUCCCUACACAGCGACCUAUACUGAGUUUAAGUAGUCUGGUGUUGACCUCUGACCUUUAAAAGAGACUAGACAAAAGAAUAUCUCAGGGGUAAUCAAAAAUGCAUCAUGUCAUAAUUUGCUCUUGAUAAGUUGUUCCCAGUUGCUGUUGGCAUUUGCACUGAUGAAGUCAUUUGUGUUCAUUUGAAGGAGAGUGCUUGGUUUCCCACAUCAUUACAGUCUGUACAGUGGUCCCAUUAAGCUUAACUGUACGAGAAGUGAUUCUGCCUGCUAGUGCCUUGUCAACACUCUCCCGCUCCCUCCCACAGUCCGCUGAAUUGUUAUAGUGCUACUUUUUCUCUCUCCUCGUAAUGGGUAGCAGCAGGCAGGGACAAAAUGGAAAGCUUAUUUUGGCGAGCACCCACCCACUCUGCUGAUAAGCUCAUUAAGGCGAGGAUGGCGGCAGCGGAGCUCCCUGCAUUAGGGUCAUUUUCCCCCGCUGCAUCCUAAAGCAGAAAGAGCUAGGAGAAAACCAUAGAGGAGCCCCUCUGGUGAUCUGACAUGAGUCUAAUGAAGAGCAGCUCUGGUGGAAAUGCUGCCUCAUUAAAAUGUGGUUGGGUCAUUUAGUAUGCGAGGAUUCACCGGUGAGGCUUCUACUUUCCGUGUCCUUUUUGUGUCCGUUGAGUCUGAGGGCAAAGAGGGAGACAGAAACAGAUGGAGAAAGGAGGAAUAAUAAAAGAAAGAGACUAACACAGGAGAGGGAUGGUGAAGAGAUAAGAAAGGUGAAGAGAAGAAGUCAAAAAGAAGAGACUGCACCCUGCAACAUUAUUUUGUAUGCUGCAGAGGUUGUGUGAGACAUCCUGACCAUGAGGACCUUGGUGAAGGACAGAUUCAGAACCUGAUAGGGAGGUCGAUUGAAUAUUUACAUCAAGAGAAGCUCUAAUUAAAUUGUUGUGGUCUAAAAUAGGAGAUUAUCUGAUUGCUGUAAGUAGCCGGGUAGAAUAAUGUUCCAUUACAAAGCUCUACAUCACAUUUACGUGGUGAUAAUGGUCAACUCUUUUGUCCAUUCCUCAGUUUGUCAUCACAUUGUGACAGUUAAUGUACCGACCAUGUUAACUCUUUAAUAAUGCUAUAAUGAAGUUCAUUCAGUAGGACUGGGCAAUUUGGCAAAAAAAAAAAUCACAAUAUCUUUUGUCAUCUCGUCCGAUCUCGAUUGAUAUCACUUUUGGUUUUUUUUUUAAACUGCCAGUUUUAAAGCAUCUGUACUAAAAACUAAAGAAACUAGAGAUUAGUUCAGCAUUUUAUUAACAUACAAAGUAAAUAACAAAACAAAUUGAAUAAGAUAAACUUAAAAAUUUUAAAAAAUAUAUAAAAACCAUUUUAACUCAACAGUACAACAAAUGUACACUCACCGGCCACUUUAUUAGGUACGCCAUGCUAGUAACGGGUUGGACCCCCUUUUGCCUUCAGAACUGCCUCAAUUCUUCGUGGCAUAGAUUCAACAAGGUGCUGGAAGCAUUCCUCAGAGAGCUUGGUCCAUAUUGACAUGAUGGCAUCACACAGUUGCCGCAGAUUUGUCGGCUGCACAUCCAUGAUGCGAAUCUCCCGUUCCACCACAUCCCAAAGAUGCUCUAUUGGAUUGAGAUCUGGUGACUGUGGAGGCCAUUUGAGUACGGUGAACUCAUUGUCAUGUUCAAGAAACCAGUCUGAGAUGAUUCCAGCUUUAUGACAUGGCGCAUUAUCCUGCUGAAAGUAGCCAUCAGAAGUUGGGUACAUUGUGGUCAUAAAGGGAUGGACAUGGUCAGCAACAAUACUCAGGUAGGCUGUGGCGUUGCAACGAUGCUCAAUUGGUACCAAGGGGCCCAAAGAGUGCCAAGAAAAUAUUCCCCACACCAUGACACCACCACCACCAGCCUGAACCGUUGAUACAAGGCAGGAUGGAUCCAUGCUUUCAUGUUGUUGACGCCAAAUUCUGACCCUACCAUCCGAAUGUCGCAACAGAAAUCGAGACUCAUCAGACCAGGCAACGUUUUUCCAAUCUUCUAUUGUCCAAUUUCAAUGAGCUUGUGCAAAUUAUAGCCUCAGUUUCCUGUUCUUAGCUGAAAGGAGUGGCACCCGGUGUGGUCUUCUGCUGCUGUAGCCCAUCUGCCUCAAAGUUCGACGUACUGUGCGUUCAGAGAUGCUCUUCUGCCUACCUUGGUUGUAACGGGUGGUUAUUUGAGUCACUGUUGCCUUUCUAUCAGCUCGAACCAGUCUGGCCAUUCUCCUCUGACCUCUGACAUCAACAAGGCAUUUCCGCCCAAAGAACUGCCGCUCACUGGAUAUUUUUUCUUUUUCGGACCAUUCUCUGUAAACCCUAGAGAUGGUUGUGCGUGAAAAUCCCAGUAGAUCAGCAGUAUCUGAAAUACUCAGACCAGCCCUUCUGGCACCAACAACCAUGCCACGUUCAAAGUCACUCAAAUCACCUUUCUUCCCCAUACUGAUGCUCGGUUUGAACUGCAGGAGAUUGUCUUGACCAUGUCUACAUGCCUAAAUGCACUAAGUUGCCGCCAUGUGAUUGGCUGAUUAGAAAUUAAGUGUUAACGAGCAGUUGGACAGGUGUACCUAAUAAAGUGGCCGGUGAGUGUAGAUAAAUACUAGAUAAUACAAUGAACUAAUUUACAGUCCUGAGUGUUUUAGCAGGUUUGCAAGACCCAAAAUAAACAAAUCGCCCCCUCAGGGAUAAUGAAGACACCUUCAAAUGUAAACAUCAGAUGAUGUAAACGUAGGUGAUAUGAUUGAUUGCUGCUUUGGUCUGUUGGCUGCACCCGUAGUUGUGGCUAAACUGCUAAUGCUACUAGUGCCGUCAACAGUGACAGGCUGUGCAAACUCUGCUCGCAUUUUCAUGCUUUCCACAUAAUCACUCAGUACUUCUUCAAACGAUUAAACAGAUCUGUUGUGUUGCCAGUUUUUGAGGGCACCAACCACCGACAUACCUUGCACAUCAGCUUAAUUGCUCGAUGUCACUUUGGAGAUACCCACCGAUGCUGAAUAACUUUUCUUCUCAACAAUGGCAUCUUUGGAGGAUGACUCAAAGUCAUGGCUGACAUCCAUUUUGCUGCCCCCAGCUCUGCGUUUAGCUCCAUGUUUGGUCAUUCUGUUUACUUCUCUAACAACAUACAGAAGUAAGCAGGAAGAGGUGGACUCUGAUUGGCUGUUGUCACGCACAUUUCUGAUUUGUUUGAUCAAGUAAAUAUGCUCACAGCUGAACACCGUGAUCAAACUGAAAUUUAUCACCAUCAUAUAAUCUCCCAGUCCAAAUCAGCAGCUGUGUAAUGUUUGUAAUCCAUACUGUUGUAAAAGUCUGCAGACAGCAGGAGGUGCAAUGAGUCCCCACCACAGUAAUGGCCUCUAUUCAAGCCUCUUACUGGAUCUGUUUAUACCCUGAGGCCUUCGCCAUGACUGUGCACUUAUCUUCUGACUCAUUUGUCAACACUGUUUAGGUCUACUUGGAGAGUGUUGAUGCUUGUUUGUCACGAGACUACCUCGUAAAGCAAUACACCCCAAGCCGGCCCUCAGAGGUAUUUUUACCCCCAGUUUCAUGGUCACUUGCCUCUCAUUUACUGAAGUUCAAGGGGCAUCAGUGGGGCGAUAGAGUGAGGAUCCCUUGAAAUGAAGAGUCGUGAAGGGAGGGCAUAAGAAGAGGAAUGCAGACUGGUUUUCUCUGCUUCUGUGGCUCCAUACCGAUGAGAGAGACUUUGCAUGCAUGGAUAAAAAGAUUAGCGCUAACCGCUCUCCUCUGCAAAAACAGAGACAUGGGGUCGUAGUUAGGAUGAUGGGACAGUCAGAAGUACUAUGGUGAAUGUUUUAAGUUGCAUAUCAAAGGACGCUGCUUUCAAUCUCGACUUUAGAUGACCUGAUUGAGCUUGCACCCUGAAUUUGUUUUCGUUCAUGGUUUAUUUCAUUGUGACAGGGUUGAGUGGUUAUACUUGCAUACACAGUGUUCUGCUUUUCUUACCGUUAGUCACAUCGCAGCAAUAGACAGAAGCGCAGGAUUACUUGGAGAGCUAAUCAAAACACAACACUGUAUAAAUUCACUGUCCUGUUUGUGUGCAGGUUGAGACAGACAUUUCUUCAAAACAAGGUGUGAGUUUUUACAGACGCAGAUCAACAUGACUGCUUAGUUCUCAGCACUCAUACAAAUGUCAAAACAGUUCUGGGAUAUUUCUCCAGAAGAGAGUUGUUGUGAAACCCUUGAAGUUAUCUGUUACUUGGAAUACAUUUUUUUUUCUCCUGGCCAAAAUUUACCGUUACACUUUCUGUUGUUUCCCACACAGUAUAUAGCUUACAUAAAUACUUCGAUAUUUAUCCAGUAUAACAUUCUAUGGCUUAGGCAAUCGUAAGCCCUCAAGACAUACAGGCCUCUGUCUCUCCAAAAGUCAAGACAUCAGACAGAAACCUAAAGAUGCAUAUUCACACUCUCACACAUGGUCAUGUGCAGUAUUUAUACUCUGGGGUGUAAAUCCCUUGUCAUUUCACUCCCUUCAGGAUGUAUGUUUGUCCUCUCCUCAGCUUGGUGGUACAGUGUCUUAGACGCUUUAUAAAUCAGGUGUGUUUAUGCACGCUGGAAAGGUUAUCCGGCAGUGGAUAUGGAAAUAGGUUGUUGGAUUGUCGCCUUGCAAUACAAGCAAAGACCCUAAAUGGAGCGGAGAGUAGUGCAAACUCCCACGUACGUCUCACUCUGCUCUCCCUAUUUGAGCAAACAUUUUUACUUCCCUGCGGAGUUGUUUCAAGAAAUAGUUUCAGGUUUGCUUUCAUUCAUACUGUUCUAGGGGUUCAGCUUAAACUCUGGUGCCCAACUUCAGUUUAAUGGAGGAAAAAUGGAUUAUAUCGUGUUAUUUUCUUGAAUGGUCAUCUUAAAGCCCUGACUUUAAUGUAAUAAAGAUAAAGUGGAGUAAAAUGAAACACUGCAAAGGAAGAAAGACCACAGUCCUAUCUGAGUAAGGAUUUUUAGGGGUGAAAGGGAGCCAACAUUUUGGCAAAGCAUUGUGAGAAACUUUUGGAAGGUUACCUAAACUCAAGACAAGACAAGUACUUGAACAUAAUUUCAAUCAAUAUGUACUGGGGAGGAAAAAAAAUGACUAAGAAACAAUCUGCUUCAUUUCUCCAGACCAGAGGCUGCCACUUGAUUCUUCCUCCUAACUUGGGAGAUAUCCGAACUAUACCCAAAGCUUAAUGAUGUUUUAGACUGUGUACUACUAAAUGCUCAGUGAUUUUGGUAAAACACAAAUUGUUAGUAUUCAGCCAUUCAUGUGGGUGAUAAGCCAGCUGUUCAGUGACCAAAUACACAGACGUGGAUGGACGCAGUUCUGGAUAAACGGCACAUAUCACAAUAUGGGGUUAGUGCCGUGGUUAUUGGGGACGGGCCAGGCCCCCUGUGGUCCACCCAGAGCAACAGUUGUGAAAAUGAUAUAUUUUAGAGAUAAAAUAACAUUGUAUCUCUGAAAUUUAUAUAUUAUUAUUUGCAAACACAGCACUUGCACAUCAGCUCCAUCUCUCCAGACCAGAGGCUGCCACUUGGGUGUUCCUCCUAACUUGGGAGACAUCCGAAUUGUACCUGAAGCUUAAUGAUGUUUUAGACUGUUUAACAAAACUACUGAAUGCUCAGUGAUUUUGGUAAAACACAAAGUCUUAGUAUGCAUCCAUUCAUGUGGGUGAAUACUAAUCUUCUCAUCCCUAAUGUACAUCUUUGGUAGUGUCUGGAAUGAGUUUGAAAACAUUUGCACAUUAGAUGUCAAGAGAAAUCCAUUGUUGUGUGGCUUUAGUAGAAACCAAACAGACUAAAUGCAGGAAUUGUAUUGAUCUUGAUGAAAAGCUGUGUAUUUAAAUAUGCAGCCCUCACUUAAGCUCUUCAGGAGGACUGUUUUUUUUCCAAGAAGGUUGAAUAGAAAACCAUGAACCGGAUAUGUAGUUGAAAAACUGUUGUCUGAAAACAACUUUAUUUUCAAGAUAAAGGAUGAAGCAGGCAGAAAAACCAAAGUGUCAGAACAUAAGUGGUUGAUAAAUCUUUCCUUUUCCCAGAAGAGCCAUUUCCCCUGACGUGACUCCAACCGCUCCUUGUUGAUUUAUGCCAUCACCUAUAACCACCUCUCAUCCGCAAUCCUUCAGUUUUUUCCUCCCUCACCUCAUAUCAUCUACCUGACCACCCCCUGUGCCCUGCAUUAUCCUCCCCUCUCUUCCUUUCAUUCCUGGCCAUCUCUCCCACCACAUCCCUCUGUCAUAGUUAUCCUCACUGGAGUAAUGCCUCUGCAGAAAAAGCCUCUCGGGAGAUGACAGGAAACAGUAGACAGCCAGGGCUACAUGUUUCAGGGUUUGCUGUCUCUCUCAGGGCACAGAGGAAAGCCCCGCCGAGGGUUGUGACACCUCGUGGGUGAGCGGUGAGUGACAGAGUGACAAGAGGGGAUUGUGUUUGGCAGCAACAGUAGCGGUGGCCUUCAGCGCUAUAGAUAUAAACAGGGGACUCGGUGGGAAGUGGAAACACUCACUCAUGUCUCACGUGUAUAUGGCUUCAACAAAGGGCUCAGGGAAGUAUUUUAAGCACACUAACACAUACACACACGUACAGUAGCAGCAGUCAUGGCAGGUCAAAACCAGCUGGGUCUGUGACUGACACCUUCUGGAGACCCUAACAAGACUAUACACACAAGGAAACUGGAAUUAAUUUUUCAACAUAAGUACCCUGGCAUAGGACCAGGGACUGUUUUCAACCUGUACCAUGAACCUGAUGCUGCAUCAUAAUAACAAAGUAUCAUCUCUCAAUUAGCCCCAAUACCUCCUCCCCUCGCCACUAUUAAAAGCCACUCCGGAACUUGGCAGUCACGGUUCAGCUUUGGAUCCUCCUCAUCAUGUAUGCACAUACAUCGCUCCUGUAAUGGAUCCUGUCAGCAUUAGGACAUUGCGUUGCAUUCAGGACAUUAGUUUGUUUUAAAGCCACAUAUGCGUUCCAAGUUAACUCUUGAUCUGUCCCGAACCUGCGCUGCCAGGAUCAUCACACGGCCAGUUUACAAAAAAACAGAUUCUUUUUUCUCUGUGCAUUAUGAGAAAUAUAAAGUAUAAAAAAUAAGAACUACAGCAGCUCUCUCACUGACAAGACACUGAAGAGUGAGUUUUGGCUAUGAAUAAUACAGAUAUUGAAGAAUCUUCACACCAAGAUAUUACUCUUCCAGUUUUUCAGGGCCGGAGUCUGUCUUUACUCACAGUACAGAGUUUGUGAGUCUCUUGCCUGCAUACUUAAAAAGAACAUCAAAAUCUGAAAGAAACCAUCAAUCCAGACAUUUAAAUUAGGGCUUUACGAUUGAUCGAUUUUAAAUUGUAAACGGAUUAUUUGAUCAUGACGAUGUUAAAAAAAAAAAUAAUUAUCUAUCAUGUCUCGCGCCUCCAGGCAAUCAUAGACUCCCCCUUCCUGAGGGAGUGCUCCCCAGUUCCCACGCACACCAGUGUAAACAAACAUGACGUUUGCAAAAGAAGGUGAUAACUUUGUGGCUAAAUAGGGCAAGAGCAAGUCAGUUGUGUGGAAGUGGUACGGCUUCGCAGUUUGGGAUCAAGAGUAAAACAACUCCCCGCUGCAAAGUCUGUCUAAAGGCGGUUUCAACCCGUCCACUCAGAAACAACUUCAGGAGUUCAUGCAAAAGUUUUUUGUUGUAUUGGCAUUUCAUCCACAUGGAAACAGCGUUUUGGGUGUAAACUGUUCUAUUUGAAAAUGGGUCAGAAAGUGCAUGAAUUCAUAAACGACUACCAUUUCAUCUCUGUAUGGAUGUCUAUUUGCAUCUCUUUUGAAACGAUUAUGUGACACACAGCAUAACUCUUUUAUGGCGCCUGUGCAUGCUCUAUACUCUUCUUCUGUCUUUUGUGCAUUUCCUCGGGACUGUUGCAGCGCCACUUACUGGCUUGACAUAUGCACUACAUCGUUUUCAGUGGUUUCGUUUUGAGAGAUGAUAAAAAAAACUUAUUAUUGAAGUGAAGUUUGGUGAAGUUGUCACUGAGUAAAAAAUCUAAAUCAAGCAUCAAGUUUUCAGUGAGAAAAAUCAGGAUUUUAUUUUUGGCCAAAAUCGUGCAGCCCUAAUUUGAAUCUAUGUGUUUGAUUUUUCAUUGGUAUGAAGCCAGAUAUCAGUAAUAGCCAUCUUAAAAAUGUAGGUAGUGUGCUAUCAGCUCAUCUGAGUAAUUUCUCAGAGCAACCAGCAGCUCUCUCAGGUUGAUCUUCAAUGAGGAUACAGUGCCUGUAGCUACAGAUCAGCGACAGAAGUUACUGGUUUAACAGUGUUAAAUAAACUGAAUGGAGACGGUGUUUUACCCCUCAUGUGAUCAUGCACGUGUUUAGGCCUCAUCAUGAUACUCAAGACACCUCAGUCAAUAGUGUUUGCUAUAUUUUCCACCAUAGAACGUUUCAUUUUGUACUCUCAGGUAUCAUAAUUGCACAAUACACCAGAAUAUGAAGCAGGGAAAGAUCUGUAGAUUUACUGCACACCAUGAUGUCACAUCCUGGAUAAAGUUUCCACAGAUAUUAUCUUAAGAAUGUGAAGAAGUAUUCACUCUCACAGCUUAUCUCAUUUUCUUAUCUGCUCUCUCUCUCUUCCACAGGGAGAUAUGUCUGAUUAAACGGGCCUCAGAAGUUCAUUAACAUUUAAAACCUCAUAAAUAAUUCACAAAAACACAUAACCCCGAGCACCGAGAAUGACUAAUUUUCUUUUAAAUAAUUUGGCUGACUGGAUAAAUCCUACUUGUUGAGCUCCGCUGGAGAAAUCAUGGCAUUGUUCUGGCUUUGCUGCUGCUGUUUGUUUCCACUCAGACCUGCUGGUGUGAUGCUGGAGAAAACGUGACCUUUUAUCAACACAAAGAGAGACAGAGAGAAAACAGACAAACAGUUAAGACAUCAUUUUAAAACGCCAGUGGGUAGCCAUCCUGCAUUCAGAUCAGGUGUCUGUGUGUGCGUAUUUAGCGGGCAGCCUGCCUCCAGACAGUGUGACUAAGUGGCUGCCUGCACCAUCACAGCUUGCCUCCUAUUGAUCCCCCCUGACUGCUCUUCUGCUUUGGGCUGCAUUGUGUUGUAUUGAUGUCUUCUCAAAUGACUUUCACACACAUUACACGUGGAUAUUUUGCACGUAUGACUGCGCAGACAUUUUUGGAAACCCUGUCACACAGUCAACACUCCCAGACCAUUGUCGCUGCCCCUGAUUCAAUUAAAAGCCUCUUAUAGGCACUUAAUUGUGCCACUCAUUCUGUCACAGGGCUCCUCUUGCUCCUCUUGGGUGGUAUCGUACUGCAGAGGUCAAGUUAAUCAACCCGGCCUGACCUCUGGCACUGCAGAGGAAGACAGGAAGGGAGGUAUUUGUGGAGCAGGGGCUAAUAAUAGAAGAAAGGGUCCAUUUGCAGGAUUGAUUUAUGUGGUUUUGUACGCGCUUGUGUGUCUGCACAUGUGCACCAUUUUUCUAUGUAACAUCCAUUUUCUCUACUUCUCUGUGCCAGUGCAACAUCUGUGUAAUUACUCACAGGUGUGCACGCUGCAUUGCCAUAAAAAUGCUCUAAUACACAUAAAGGUCCUGCAGGUGUAGAGAUCUAUUUCAUGAUGAGGAUGACGCUUACUCACACAAGUGUUUAUCCUGCAAUCUUAGUUUGUCACAGUUAUGAGUCAUGCCACAACAACCUGAAAACACUUCAGUUACAAGAAACAAAGCUGCAAAAUCUCACGGAUUACUGCUCCAUUUGUGGGUUAGUUUUCCUCUUUAUCAUUAGCUCUGUGCACUUAGGAUGCAUGCCCGUAAAAUCAUAAAUAACAGAGUGAUUUACUGUUGGAGAAUUGGCAAGCCGUGACUCUCUUUAAAGCCUUCACCAAUGAGAGUUAUAGCUAAGACCUGCUUAUCUGUGCAAUAAAGAGGACUUAUUCCUCUUAUGUGGGCUGUCAGUGAGGUAUAUUUGAUUCUCCGCUCUCUUAUUAUGAUUUAAAGGAUGAAGGACAGGUGCUGACGUUCCCUACUCUGUGCGGUGAGGCCAGAGCUGAACAGCUGGGGUAUAUGAGUACAGGAUCAAGGUGAAGUGUGGCUGUGGCCGUAGCUGUCUGUGUCUGUUUUGGUUUCAUGUUUAACACCUAGACAAGCACGCAGAGAGUGUCAGACAGCUAUUUUUUCAACCAGGAAAAAAAUAUCACAAUCAAAUCAUUAGUCAAUCACAAAACAUUACACACCCACGCAAUCGCUCAGCCCAAGGGAACUUCUGCAGAUAGUUGAGCCAUUAAGCACUUUUUUAAAAACCUAUUUUUUAAUUAAAAGUUUCGUUUCAUUUGGAUUUAUUCUGUGUACAUUGGCUGGCACAGUGUGUUUUGUUUUACAAGCUGGUUAGAGGGAGUGUCGGCUUUUCUACUGUGCACUUUCAAACUCAAUCAUGCUUCUUUUUUUCCAACCACAGGGUGAACCUCGUGUUUCAAUAGAAAUUUAAAUCUGUGCAAAAACUAAUCAUCCAGCUGUGUGUACUUCCUGAUAAACCCUCCGAAAUGUCACCCUCUCCAUAUGCUGCAUCUGCCAGUGUGUAGCUUUGUCUACUGUCGGGGUCAACAGCCCAAGAAGCAAAUCCCUCUGUGGCCCUUUCUCACGUGCGCUUCUCCCAAGUACAUACACUACAUGUUUAAGGAUUAGUGUAAAUUAGACGGGUACACGUGAUUGGUGGUAUCGAAUUUCAGGUUAUUGUGACUGGAAGACGCUGCAGCAACUGUUGUGGUGUCGAGUCUUAAUAACCUUGAUGUUUUGUAGCGGACAGUGGCACUUAAAUAUGUCUGAGAAAUGUCUCCACGAUUUUUCCUGCACUUAUUCUCUUUAUUUAGAGUCGGUCAUGUCGGUUCUUCAAUGCAGGCCGGCUGGAGGAAAGUGGGGCUACUCGUGUUAACCAGAGGACACAAGGAUAAAGACAUGAUGAGUUUACUGUAGCUGUAAACAUCCAUCCACAGCCAGCUGUCUCUCUGUGUGUCAUUCACUCCAGUGUGAGGGUUUUUUUUUAUCCUCUGCAAUAAUUGGAUAGUCGUCUGAACUCAUUAAAAUCUAGGCUGUGAACUGAAUGCCUGCCUCCCUCAUCACUUACAGUAUGUGUUACAGCAGCACUAUUUAAGGCUCAGGAACAGGAAGUCUUUGUUUUUGAGCGUUCACAGACGCUGUCUGCUUGGAUGUGAUCUAAAGGAAAGUUUUCAUCAAGGAAAUUGAAGUAAACGGUGAUGAAAGGGUGUUUAAUCAGUGGCAAAACUGAAAUUUUAUUAGACUCCUCAUAACAGUCAUUUGCAAUCAGACUUGAGAGGGUUUUAGUCAUUAUUGUUAUUAAAUACGACUUUACUCAAACAAACUCACACUAAGUCUGCCAGCUAACUUUUAAAGUUUAUAAGAGCUUUCAAGGGAUAUUCCAUCAUAAAUUUAAGUUAUGGUCAAACACACCGUACACCGAGUUAGACACCUCCUCGCGAGAUAAAUGUUGCCGAUGCUUGCCUCUUUUAGUUAUACCAAUUUUAGCAACAACUGUACAAUAGCAAUACACAGGUCUAUGUCUCCACGCACAAACCUCAACCUCAACCAGCCCUGACAAGUCGAUCGCAGUGUGCAGCGGCGUUUCGCAGCUCAAGGAAGAAAAUUUAUGAUGAUUACUCAUAAAAUGCAAUCAGACCAAGAGCUAAGGCAGAAGAACUACCGCAUCAGCAAAAUGAUUAUGAUGAUCAUUACUUGAUUGAAAUGAUCCGCUGCACUCAGUGAUCGACUCGUCAGGGCUCCCCAACAAGCAAGCGGCUGCUGGAGGAGAGUGGGUGAGUUGUUUUUAGUCUCUUUGCUAAAGAAACUAGGCAAAGUUAAAAAGAUGUUUGAUGGCUGGUACUGUGGCUGGGACCCUAUAUGUACUGUUGAUGAAAUUAGGUGCUGUUCUGAGUGUUAUUCAUGGCUAUAGAGUGGCUUUUUGGUUGAGGUGUGCACGUGGAGACGUAGACCACUGUGUAUUGCUAUCAUGUGGUCAUUACUAAAGUUGGUAUAACAAGAGGAGCAAGCAGUCGGCAACAUUCAUCUCUAGAGGGGGUGUCUAACUCUGUGUUAUGGUGUGUUUGACACGAAUUUUAAUUUACGUUGGGAUAUCUUUUUAAGCUCCAAUCACUCAGUCAUGCCUAUUUGCCUUCUGUAACACCAGCAUGAUCAGACCUUAACUGACAAAGCCCAUAACUGUCUCCUGGUACAGGCUUUUUGUAAUGACAACUGCAACUCCUUACUGGCAAACCUCCCUGCACUCACAUUCAAACCCCUUUCGAUGAUCCACAAUGCAUCAGCCCAUGUGGUCUUCAACCAACCCAAAACAGCACAUCACUCCUCUGUUCAUUUCUCUUCACUGGCUUCCAGUCACAUCAUGUUCCAGUCCCUACUUCUCCCCUUCCUCUACCACAAAGAGAGUUUUACCAGGUCUUAGUAUUUAUUUCUGCAUUUCUUUUGGCUGAAAACUCAGAUAGAUGCUCAAAGACAGCGUGUUCCUUCAUGAUAUAUAUAUUUAAACAGUGUCAUAAUCCCCCCCUAGCUUUAUUCUUUUAUUGUUAAAACUUUUUGUUCCAGCUUUAUCUGCUUCAUCAGUACAGCCCAUUCAAGUUAAGACUCCUACAAUGCAACGAUUGUAAUCAUUCUCAGUUCAGACUUUCCAAAUUUGCAGGACUGCCGACUGUCUUGAACCUACGGAGAGAUAAUGAGCUUCAUGAAAAGGUUUCUACUGUUGAAAGCUUUUUAUUCAUUGCGAGGCAUUAUUACUGAAAUAGAGCCAUGUCUUUUUAGGAGACAGAAAGGAGCUAGUUAUAAACUAUAAAAAUAGCUGAAACAAAUCAUGAAAAGUGAUUCACUGCUGACAGGGAUAGAUGUCAAACCAAGUGAUUAAAGGCUCUCGCAUUCUGGGGGGUGGGGGUAUCCAGGCUCAGCUACUUAUGUCAUGAAAUCUAAGAGAUUAUUUGCUGCUUCUUCAUCUUCCAAGAUCAAGAGUUGAUCAUCACCCAAAAACACACACACAAACACACAACAUGAUCUCUAACUUAAAGGACAUACUUAAAGAUCUGUACUAAAAAGCAUUCUCUGAAAAGUCCAGAAACUGUUAUCUAGAAACUUUAAACUUGUCAUAAAAUAGUCAUUAAAAAGGCCGAUGAGCAGUGACAGAAGUCUGAUCCUAUGAAGUUCCAAUAUACCGACGGUUUUCAGACAUGCCAUAGCACACUUAAACUCCGCUCUAUUCAAGGCUGUUAUGAAAAUCAAAGCUGCAUAUCAGCCCAUGAGUUCAGGAUCUCUUCAGUGACAUCCUGACAAAUAGAAGAAAAAAACUUGAAAUAAUAACAAUCAAAGUUGUGGCCUCUUCAAAGUUUAGAUUUUUUUCCAACAUUUUAUCCCUCUGGGUGUCAAAGAUGCAUCCAGAUGAGUCUAGUUUGUGUUUGCAGCAGAUUGUUUGACCCUGUUUGACAGGCAAUUGGUCAGGCCUCCCAUGAGCCCCACCCCUCUGCACAGAUGGGUGGGUCAGCUGCUUGGCUUGUAUAAAGCUGGACUCACAGGCUGCUGUAGUAAACACUCCACGCGAGGCUCACUUAGAGACAAGAACUUUGAACCUGUGGUGCUACGAAACCCAACCCUCACCAACAGACAGACAGACAGACACCUGUCAGAAUCUGAAAUGGCUACCUUCGUGUCGGUGAGUUUUCCAUUUCAUCAUCAGUCAUAACUCUCGACAGCUUAGCUCAGACUUGCUAACCUCUGAAGUUGUGGUCUGUUCUGACCAGUUUGAACCUUGUGCAACUCUGGAUGGCUUAAUGGGUUUAAGUUACUGAAGAAGAAUCCUUAACUAACACUUAAUGGCACUUUUGGCUGCACUUUUUACAGUUUAGAAAGUUUCCUCCAGAGAGGAAAGUUUAACCACUUUACUAUUAGAGUGACUAUUAGAGUUGGUUUAAUCUUCUCAGCCCUGAAAUUAAAUAAAUAAGCUGCUCCUUGUAGCUUCGGGUCAGCUCUUCAUUGGGAUAAUGUGAUUGUCUCUAGAUUGUUUUGUGUACUUCAGCUGAUGGUGUUGUCUUUGAUUGUGAAUACUUGGCAGAAAGUCAGUGAGAGUGCAGGCCAAAUGUUGUUGAUUUAUAAGAUUGAUUUUUGCAAAUACCACAGCAGUAAAGCGUUUUUCUCAUCUGUUCUAGGACCAGCAAUAACACCCAAGUGUUGAAACAGGAUUUGCGCUUCAUUUAGCUCUUAUUGAUUUGUUGGUCAUGAUUCACUCUAUGUAAACCCUCUGACACACAUGUACUGCAGUUUCUCCUACUCUCAGUCUAGUUAAAUGCACUUUAACUUGUUCACUGGCACACAUGACAACCGCAGACAGGAGUUUUGGAUGCCAUGUGUUGUCUUGAAUCAUGUGGAUCCAGUGAAAUGGCAGUCAGGUCUCAUAACUCUUGCAAGUGUGCAUACUUUGCCUAAUAUAGGAUCUUAUGUAAUCUUGGCCUGGAAAGUGUCUGUAAUUUGUUUGAAAGUCAAGUACAAACUCCUAAAAGUGUCGCCUCAUUAUGAUUAACAAGGUUUUAUUGUAGCAGCAGAAGUAGAUGCAGUGGUUGUUGUGUCCUUAAACUGAUCAAACUGCAUGGCAACAGUCCUCUCUUGCUCUCCUAGAGGCUGUUUCCCAAUAAUUCUGCGUUUACUAAUUCAGUUAUUUUCUUACAUGUACAAACUUAAGGGGGAAUUAGUAGUAGCCUUGUUUUUAUUAUUUAUUUUUGUUUCCUGGACCUCUUUGUGAACUUUUCCUCGGAGGUACAUGGAUCUGCGUCACCAUGGGCACACGAGCACCUCUCAUUACAGCCCAUUUGCCCUCCACAUAGGUGUGUAAUCCUGCUCUCUGCACUCCUCGGGUGAUUUCAUCAUCCCAAUCGAUGUGCAGACUGAGUCAAAACAAACUCCUGGAUGUCCCAGAGGAAGACUGACAGCUGGGUCACGUCCCUGAAAUAUAACCCAAUCAAAUAGACAUAUUUUUUAUUUGUAGAACCCGCUGAAUAUUUCUGAGACAAAUCCCCAUGUAAACGGCUCGUGCGCUCUACCUGGAAACCUUAUUAUGUAUGAGAGAAUAAUAGAAGCAGGCCAUGCAGAAUUAAUGAAUCUGUUCCUCUUCUCAUCCCAGAUGGCCACUUGCCACACUUGCAACACGACAUCCAGACACAGAGGCAUACAUAGGGAGUUCAUCCCUAACUUCUCCAAGACCCACAGUACACCAGGGAGCGCUGGCAAAUACAAGACUCCUCAGUCGACCGGCAGAAGCAACACGAACACCCCGAAGACGCCCGGGAAAGACAAGACACCUGUUCAUACACCAAGGUGAGUUAUUUAAAGGUGGCUUUAUUUAUAUCCUCCUGAGCUAAAAUUUAAGAUACAACUUUCCUUGACUAAAUUUGGGAGGCGACACAGAAAUCUGAGAGGAUACGGUGUCAGGCAUGUUAGCAUAUGAAUGAUUUAGUUUCUAUUUAUUCAGCAUAAGAUGAACUGCAACCAGCCGGAGGUAGAGCCAGAUCAUGUGGAUGCUGAAAGCUCACUUGUAACUAUUCCUGCCAGCCAAAAAAAUAUGCUGUAACUCGAUUCUAACUCAUAUCCAUCUUUCUUUUUCCCCUUGUUUUUUUUCCGUCAGGUCCUCCAUCUCCUCCAACACUUCAGGCUCGAGCUCAUCAUCCUCCAAACCUGCUUCCAAACCAAAAAACUGGGUCGUCCAGCGUCUCAGUAAGAUCCUCAUGCGAGAAGACAACCCGGGGGGCAAAAAAGGGGGUUUAAAAGAUUUCCUCUCCUCACUUUGA